AUGACUCGAGUUCUUGUUACAGGUGGCACUGGCUUCGUUGCUGGCCAUGUUAUUGAUGUGCUCCUCAAGCGUGGCCACAGCGUCGUGACUACGGUCCGUUCACCAGAAAAGGCCGAGUCGAUUCGCAAGGUCUUUCAAGGAGUCAGCAACGAUGACCUUGACUUCGCUGUCGUCCCUGAUAUCGCCGCAAAAGAUGCCUUCCAGGGGUUAGACAAAUAUGGCCUGGAGGCUGCGCUUCACGUCGCCAGUCCGUUCCAUUACAACGUCACAGACCCCAAGAAGGAUCUGAUUGAUCCAGCUGUCCUUGGCACAACGUCAGUUCUUAGGGCUCUCCAUGAGUUCUGUCCGACCGUCAAGCGUGUUGUCGUUACCUCCUCCUUCGCUGCAAUCUUGGACCCAAAGCUAGCUUCUACUGGCGCAGAGAAGGUAUACACAGAGGCUGACUGGAGCCCUCUUACUUUUGAGGAUGCCUAUGGCGACGCUGUAAUUGCUUAUGCAGCAUCCAAGGCUUUGGCCGAAAGAGCAGCAUGGGAUUUUGUUGCAAGCAACAAACCGAACUACUCUUUAUCAACCAUUAACCCUCCGAUGAUUUACGGCCCAGUCAAAUAUCCUAUCAAGUCCCUCGACUCUGUUAAUACGUCAAACCAACUACUCGCCAGCAUCAUUGGUGGAAAACAGAAGGAUGGCUUACCCCCAACGGGACUUCCGCUCUGGGUUGACGUUCGAGAUGUGGCCUUGGCCCAUGUCAAGGCUAUGGAAACUGAAGGGGCAGCAGGCAAGCGCUUCUUCGUCACUGCUGGACACUAUAGCAACGAGGAAUUGUACAGAACCCUCUACGACAAUUUCCCGAAACUGCGAGAUCGGCUGCCGGAUGAAACCAACAAAGGAGGAGAUCCUAGUCCAGUCUUGAAGUCUUUUGGCUACGACAAUACUCAGGCAACCACAAUUCUUGGAAUGGGAUGGACAUCAUACGAGAAGACUGUCAUUGAUUCAGCCAAAUCUCUUCUAGGAACCCAGUCAUAA